AUGAAUAAAGAAGCUUAUAAAUAAUAAAGAAUAUCUGAAAAACUGCCUUUUUAUAAUAUUCAUUUCGAUAAUGAAAAAGAAUUAGCUAAGUUCUACAUUUCAAUAUUUUAAAAAUGCGUUGAGAGUAUUUCUAAUAAAUAAUUGACUCUUUUAGAAGAAUUUCCUAAAUUAGACCAAAUAUAAGACAACUGUUGCUAUGUUAUGAAGCUCUAAUCAAAUGAUCUAAUGAGAAUAGCUAGAAAAGUAAAGUUUCUAUCUUUUAGUAAAAAAUAUUUUAAUGCAGACAACUUUAAAUACGCUGUUUGUAAUUUAAAUUAAUAACCUAUGAAUCUAUAAUGCAGGAUAGUUAAAGUUAAUGAUUAAAUAAAUUUAAGUGAUGAUUAUGAAAAUCUUAGGGAUUAUAAAUUUGUUCAUUUCUACCAAAAAAAUGACAGAAUAAACCAAAACUAAAUCAUCUAAAGUACAAUUAAAUACUAAGAUAACAAACUCUAACAGUAAAAAUCUGAAGAGGUAUAAGAUCGACCUACUUCACUAAAAUCUUGUACUAAUUAAAGUUAAGUAGAAGAAUUGCAUGGAUCUGUAAUUUAAGAAAAAGCAUUAGAAAAUAAAAUUAAUAAGAAUCUAAAGAAAGAAAACAGCUCUAAUUUAAUAGAUGAAGAUUCUGACAGCAAACAUAGUAAUGAAGCAGCAACUACAAAUAAUUAGAAUUAAAUUACAAUAAAUAAUAAAAAUGCAAAUGAGAUUAAAAUUAAUUAUCAGCUUUAGUAGUAACAUGGUUUGCCAAAUUAAAGUCAAAAAGAAGAUUUGUUAGAACAAAUAAAAAAUCUUCAUUCUGAGCUUAAUCAACUAAAGAUAUAGCUCAAUUUAAAAGAUACAUAGCUCGGUCAAAAAGAUAAAGUGAGCAAUCUAAAAGAAUUAUAGAUCAUAGAAUACAUAAAAUUAAAAUCCUUAAUAAAUGGGUAUUAAUAAUGA